AUGGAUCAGUAUGGAACUGGGGAACACAACCAGAACCAAAACAGGUGGUCAUACUCCGGACCCAUCAAUACGAUAAUUAAUGUCGAUCCCAACCAAUUCAAUGGGAGCAACGACUUCAACCUCUUUUCAAACGACCAAAUCCUCACUCCAUCUGCAUUUCUGGACUUCUCGGCUGGCUUCGAUAACGGCAGCGAUGCUACGAAGAGUAAAAAUCAUAGCAGGAGAAGUUCAAGGAGGAUCAGUGGUGGUAUUGUGGACAGAGUUGCUCAAUUUGAGAGCCUGGCACUGCAAUCACCCCACACACAGAGACCCAUUACUCCUCCCAACCAGAAUGUUUCGAGUUAUUUCCCUCUUACACCGCAGGAGACACCGCACGAUCGCACGAUCAAGCACGAACAGAUACCGCAGAGAUUCCUCGAUACCUAUGAUACUUCAAUGGAAGAGACAAUUAAACCAAGGAGCAAUCGCCGAGCAAGAGGAGUCUUCGACGAUAUGAGGGAGGCGGCUGAAAUGAACUCCAUCCCGAGUCCACCUCGGACCGGCCCCAUGACUACACCGAGUACUUUCGACUCCGCCCCAAUGCCGACCGGUAACUUCAUGAAUAUGACAAAUAUCAACCUCGAUUUCAUGAAAAGUGAAGAUCAGUACGAUGGCUCUACACACUCGCAAGCUUCGAAUCUCUCCCCUGCCAUGUCAUACCAUUCGUCUCCAGAGAUUACCGAAAUGGCCAUGUUCGGAGAUCCAUUCGUGACCAGACCAGACCUGGAUGCUCACACUUAUCCAGAGCCCACUGCUCAUGGUCUUCCUAUUCCAGCUUCCCCGACUCAUUCGCUCCAUCGACGAUCAGAAUCUGUUUCCAGUAUCAACCCUGACGAAUCAAUCACUGAGACUGGAAUCACAAUUGAUGAUAUUGCAUCUUUCAUUUCUGGACCUGAACCCUCGGACGGAAAAUGGAUUUGUCUUUUCCCCGAAUGUAAGAAACGCUUUGGACGGAAGGAGAACAUCAAGUCUCAUGUUCAGACUCAUCUCGGAGACAGACAAUUCCAAUGCCCUCACUGCAAGAAAUGUUUCGUGCGACAACACGAUCUCAAGCGCCAUGCCAAGAUUCAUAGUGGUGUGAAGCCAUACCCUUGCCAAUGUGGAAACAGCUUUGCCAGACACGAUGCAUUGACACGGCACAGACAACGUGGAAUGUGCAUAGGAGCUUUUGAGGGUGUUAUCAAGAAGACCGUCAAGCGUGGCCGACCUCGUAAGAACCGGCCAGGCGAUGAGGAGCGCCUCAAGAAGUCAUCCCGAACUCGCAGCAAAAACAAGGCAAUGUCAUCUGCUUCAUCCACUUCUGACUGCUCAGAAAGUCAAGAUGGCCAGUCUCCCCGAAGCGACGCUGGUAUCCUUGAUGACAAGCCUUUCGGUGAUUACGAGUACCCACAGAAUGUCAUGGAGACCAGCAAUUCCCAAUAUUCACAACACCAUUCCCCGAUGGACAACAAUUGCGUCUCUCCUCAGGCGAUUCAAUCACAGACUGCACACUCCCCAUCAGCAUUCAGCCACCAUUCUCAAUCUCACCGUGGCUCCAUCUCCGAGCAUCUGCCGUCACACCCCACAUCUCCAGCUAAGAGCAUCCACAGCUACCACUCCCCCCCAGGACUCUGUGAAUCCUCCUCCAGCCCGGCUCCCAGCAACCAUUACUAUGAUCUGGAAAAUGGGUCUCGGCACGGCGACGAUAUGCAAAUGAACAUGACCGGAAUGAGCAACAUCUCAGAGCACGACGAUGAGAUGUUCCUCGAGGCAUUCGCUGCAGCCAGUAACGGUGGCCUGACAACUUUGGAACGCGAUCCAGAAUUGUUGAUGGCGAAGUUUGACGAUGAAUUCAGCAACACAGCGGGUGAUGAUCUCUUCAGGAACAGUGAGGAUGUUUUCUUUGGCAGUCCAUGA